GUAUUAUAGCUCUAUGCUAGAAGGGAGCUAGCUAAGUGAUGUACUUGUGUUAGUACUAUUUGUGUUCCUAUGAAGUGAUGUCCAUGUACAUGUAGAAUGAAGGAGUAUUGACUGCAAAAUGAAAGCUGAAGUGAAUUGACAAAUGCCAGCUCGGACUUUGAAUUUCAUAUAUGGUGCUCAUCAUAGCUAGGCCUAUGUGAUAAUAAUUUAAAGCGAAAGUUAAGGUGAUGUUACUAUCGGCAUAUACAAGGCCUUGGCUGCUUGCAAUAUGGAUGCCCAGAGGGCUACUGUCAGACUGCUAAGAAGAUGGCGAAGCACACAACCUCCAGAUGAAGUUACCAGGAAAGAGCUUUAUGAGAGACUCAUAAAAGUAGAUCCUUCAGAUAAAAUCUUUCGACAGCAUAUCUCAGAUGUAAUUCAAGGAACUAAUCAAGAUCUGUAUGUCUGCCUUGGUGAGGGUAUCGGCAAUGUGACAGGGAGCAUCAACAAUGGUGUGAAGAAACCAUUCAAUGGUGACGACGAAGCUAGGUUUGAUUGGAUCAGUCAAGUGAACAGUGAACUCUCAGCUCUAACAGUGGUCUCUGCUUCUAAUAACGAACACAGUAGAGAGAGAUAUAACCAUAACAGAGUAUCAAGCAUGGAUUCAAACCAAGAUAUAAAGCAAGAAAUGCAGGAAAGUACUGUAGAAGAGGCACCUUCGCUAUCCUCGAGUGCACACCAAGAAGGUGAAAACAUUACUCCGGGUUCAGGAGCCUUUGUUAAUAACCAUGCAGAGGAAAAAGAAAAUGGUCCGAAUCCUUUAUCUACGAUCAUGCCGAUGAAAGAAUCAAUCAAGUCAUCUAAAACAGUAAGCUCGGCAUCUGAAAAGGGACCAAGCAACAAGAGACCGAGUAGAGAACAAAUAUAUAUUGACGUUUCUCCUUGCAUGCCUUGCUCAGAGUCCAGCGAACCCUUAUGCAAAGAAUCUGAUAGAAAACUAAAACAGGAUAUGGAAGGAGGUGCUGCAUCGCUAUCCCCAUCGCCAUGUCGAGAAAUUGUAAGCGUUACUGUGGAUUCAGGAUCGUCUGUGAUGAACCCUGCCUAUGGAAAGGAAAAUGAAUUGAUUCCGUUAAUGAAACAUUUUGAAAUGAGAGAAUCAAUCAAGUCACCUGAAGCAAUAAGUUCGGAAUCUGAUAAGGGACCAGGCAAAAAGAGACCUAGUAGAGAAUCAAUAUACAUUGACUUCUCCCCUUGCCCGCCUUGCUCAGAGUCGAAUGAGCUAUUCAGCAAAGAUUCGAGUAAACAGGUGGAAGAAGACAUGCCAGGAAGUCCAGCAACAGAGCGAUAUUCACUAUUCUCAAACCCAUGUCAAGAUGUUAGGAAUCUAUGGUCGGAUCCAGAAACCUCUGUGAAGAAUAGUACUAGUGGAAAUGAGUUGGAGUCAAACCACUUGACGACGGAACAAAAGGUGAAAAAAUCAUUUUCUGAAAAUGGUAUUGACUUUGUUCUUGAUACAUACAAACCACUAUCUGAUGACGAGGUCUUUAACGUUGCUGAGGACAUCGAAUCGGACGCCCAGAUCGAAGCUCUUGGUGCCGCUCUAAUGUUUUCGAGAGCCGACAUCAACCGAUAUCUGGCUACAAACCAGGUACUGGGACGAAAAACGAGCCAAGGAAGCCGUACAAUGCUGUUCGAUUGGCGUCAGGCGAUGAGACUUCGGGAUCAACGCCCUUCUUUCAAAGGAGCUCUGGUUCGAGCAGGACUGGUCAUGAUAGCAGAUCAGUACUUUUCAGACGUUCAAGAGAUGACAGAAAAUUCAAGCAAGGAAAACUUUGAUGAACACGGGAGUACGUUGAGAAAUCUGGCGAGAGACAUCGAAAACGAUGCCCAACUGCAUGUAUUUGGUGGAGAGCUCGGCUUUAGGAAGGUUGACUUGGAUAGGUUUUCUGCAUCAAACAUGACAGAAGGGACAGUUACGUGUAAAGGAAAUACCGACAUGCUUUAUGAAUGGCGCCAAAGAGUGAUCCCUUCGGAGAUACCCAUUAGACUUAAGAAAGCGUUACGCCAAUCGGGUUUAGUGUUCCUAGCUGAGAAGUAUUUUCCAGACAUCUUGCAACCCGAAGAGCCUUCUUUGGACACCCUGAGCGCAAAAACUACGGCAAUAGCCUUCCUACGGAAACAUAUGAUUGACUAUUACACGAUGGUAACAUGUCAGAUUCAGAGAAAACCUUGGGACCCGGAAGAUUUUGCUGAUUUGAAGAACCUCUUUACCAAUAUUAUCGUCUACUUCGUAAACAAGGUGACGGGUGGGGCAAUGAAAGAGAUUCUUCCUGGGUCUAUCAAUGAUGUGUUCCGGGUGAAAGUCAAUGGACGUCUUCCAAACAGGGUCCUCUUAAUUGCAGCAGCCGGAAUGGGCAAGACCUGCGCCGUGGCAAAGAUGGCAUAUGACUGGGCGUAUCAGGAAGAGAACUCUCCACUCAACGAUAUUCCUCUCUUCUUUGCUCUAAAGCUGAGGGCGGCUGACGAAGGCAUGUCACUUGGUGAAGCUAUCCUCUCCGAAACCAUUGGGAACAUCCAUGGAGUGACCCCAGAAUCACUAGAAGAUUUCAUUGGAAGACAUGAAGAGGAUUGUGCAAUGGCAUUAGAUGGAUAUGAUGAGUACAAGGGAAAGUUGUCUUUGAGGAACCCAACGAGCAGUAUCACACAGGCGAUUGGAAACAGAAUUUACAGGUCCUGUCGAAUUAUUGUCACCAGUCGGCCAUAUCUUGAAAAUGAGUUUGCAAUUCCAGGACUGGCCAGAAUCUACACGAAGAUGGAGAUCAACGGAUUCACACAAUCCCAGGUGCAGUCCUUUAUCAAGAAAUAUUUCAUGUUGAAGUCAAAACCGGAAGAGUUUCGCAGAUUAACAGGAUUCCUGCUGGAGAACGCAUUUAGUCAAACCAUCAUGAACACUCCACUCUUCUGUAUGAUGAUCUGUCAUCUCUGGGAAGAAGGUCUUCUUACUCAGAUCUCUUCUUUGACAGGGUUGUUUGAUACCAUCAUUCAAUUUCUACUAACACAUUCAAAAGCCAAGGAUGAUACGUUUGAAUGUGACAUUCAAGGUCUCCUUCAGGGUCUUGGAAAGUUAGCAAUGUCUGGACUCUUGAAGGAAGCACAGAAAGUGGUCUUCGAAGGUGCGGAUCUUGAAGGGAUAGAAGAAAGCGAGGGCAUUGGUAUCACACUUGGUCUGUUGUCAAAGCAGACAAAUCCAGCCAGGAAUAUUACGAACGGGAAAGCCUCUAGGACAUACAUCGAGUUCUUCCACAAAAUGGCACAAGAGUAUUGUGGAAGCAAAUUCUUGGCUAGUUCUGAAGAUGACCUUGACUACUUCCUAAAAGCUGUAUGUAGAAGUAGAACACCCCUCAUGUAUGGCAAUAUCCUUCGCUUCCUCGCAGGCUCAGGUGACGAUAUUCUGAUAUCCUCUAUUCAGCACAUUUUACAAAUUGAAGAGAGAGUAAUGAGCAAAGAAAUCAAGCACAGGCUCCUUCUUGAUUGUAUUUGUGAAGCCAGAGGGGAUAUUUCGAAUUCAACGUCUAACUUUCCAACUCUCUUUGACAACGGCAAAAUAUGUCUGCAGUCAUUAUCUCCUAGUGCAGUAAUAGGCCUGACAAGACUACCGCCAACUGUUAGAAAACAGAUCACGUCAGCAGAUCUCAUGUAUUGCAAUCUGCCGUCCAAUCUUACACGAAUCAUUUUACAUGGUCUACAAUCUUGUGACAAUCUGGAAGAGAUGAAGGUGUGGGAGUGCAGUCUAAAAAAUCCUCCAUUACUCCAGCUUCCUGCAGUCAGGGGUAUCUUUAUUGGACACCUCGACAAUUCUCAGGAAUAUUCCUCACUCAUCGCAGCAGUUCCAAACGUGCAAACUCUCAGGUUGGAGAGUUGUCCAAACUUUGACACUCUUCAACAGGUCCUUCAAUCAUUCAUGAAAGGACUCAAAAAGUGCAAUCGUCAGCUUCGCAGUCUUCUGGUGUCUGGAUGUCGAGGGAAAUUGUCGUCGUUAUGUGCCAAGGAGCUUAUCGACUGCCUAAUGUUAGAAGCGCCACUUUUGGAAAAGCUGCAGUUGUUCAACGUCAAUUUUGAUUGGAAGAAUCUGCGGAUAUCUAUUACAAGAAUGAGACGAAUGAAAAGUCUGAGGGAUAUUGGAAUUGAGUACUGUGGAACCACAGAAGACGGAGACUUUGAAAAUUGUCUUCGAGACAUUGCUUCAGCUGAUGGCGAGAUUAAGGUGACAUUACGUCAUGCUUACCAAAGAAGCAAGAUCUACAGAAUUCAUCCUCUUCCGUAGCUAUCUCAAAGACAUCGUACAGACCUGUACCUUAGAGAAGUGCGGUCACAUAAGGAGGCUGAAGAUUUCGUCAUAUUCAUCAUGUUCAUUCUCGGAUACGAUUCGGAUCAAUUCGUAUUGCUUUGCAUUUGGGUGGAGUUAGUAAAAAGAAAUUAAAUGUUUAUGAAUUUUCAUCCAUUACCGUGAUUGCUUUCUUAUUACUUUUUCAUUUCUUAGAACCUAGAACUUUUUAAAUCUUAAUAUGAUGUAUUGGCAAUUUACUUUAACAACUAACAUCUAUAUAGCUAACACUAUUUUACGCCCAAUCAAAGUUUAUGUGCACUUGAUGUAUUGUUAUCAAUCUAAAACCGUAAUACUAGUUCAUGAUAUUUAUAAAAUUACCAUUUAGAAAUAGGACUUGAUUACAGCUAAAUUCCAAUUCACAUUCCUGAAUUUUCAACGUAAUACGGUUUAUUUUUAACCAUCCAAUAUUGAAAUUGUUGAGUGUACUUUAUAAAAACAUGAUGGAUGUUACAAUUUUGUAAAAAACUCAAGAUAUUGGAAAAAUUGCAUCACUUCACAAAAUGUUUUUUUAAUAACCCUUUCAUUGUUACACUAAUGUUUGUUCGACAGAACAUCCAAUUGACACCAAAGGUUGCAUGCAAAGCUGACCACGCUUAUCCUUUUUAUUCUAUUUAGAUAGAAGUAUAGUCACACAACCAAGAAAGAUACAGUGUAAGGGAUAUUAUACAAAAUUAGUACGAAGGGGAUUGACUUAAAAUUUAUUUAAUGUACGUGUAGAACAUAAUUUAUUACCAAUUAUAUACAAAUAAAAACUCAGUGAACGAAUGCUGCAGUAAUUCAAUUACAGGGAAGGUAGAAAAAAGACUGAAAUUUUUGAAUUUCAGUAGAAACAUCAUUCCUCAAAAUAUUGCAAAAUGUGAAUUAUACAUUCAAAGUUUUUGUAAAAAUAUACAAUAAGAAAUCAACACCUUCAUUUCAUCGCCAAUCCGAGUUACUCAAUUACACAGUAAAAACAAAUUGUACAACCUGGUUCUAAUUGAUCGGGUAGUCUAUAAAAGUUAAAACGAAUAAUUCUUCCGAUACAGUAUUUUUUUUUUCUUACGACAAUUACGUUCUACAUGUUCUAGGGGAACUGAAAUCCGACGAACUGUAUACAUAACUCACAGUGGAUCUCGAACCACAUUACGCGCAUUCGUUUAGUCUUGACUCGCAUCGCCCUUUUAUAAAUAAUCAGAAAUGUGUUGUAAAUUUUGUUUUUGUUUCUAAAAAGGGAAUUUUCGGAUGCAUAUUGUAAAUAUCUACACAUAUCUUGGCAAAUGUUGUGACAAAUGUUAUAAAGGGUAGCGUAAAAUAUUCAUUUGUUUAUUACGUAUACAUUUGAAAAGACAACAUCAUGUUACACCAUUGGUAAUCAAUGAUUCAUGACCCUGAUGUGGUAUAUUGGCCUUUUCUGGUAAUAUCAUCAGAACAUGUUCGUUUGGUUGUUAUGAAAUUCCUUUCCGCCCCUCAAAAAUGUGCACUAGUUUCGUUGAAGUCUUCUUGCACCAUAAUCCUAAUCGACACAAUACAAAAAGUAGUCUAAUCACAAUCUCAUUUGCCUCAAAUAACAAAUCAUUUAGAUUUAAAAAAAUGAAGGCACAUUUAGUGAAAUACCAAAGAUUUUGACCAUAGUCCAGUCGGUUAUCAAACGAAAUACAAAAGAAAAGUUAUCAGAUAAUGAAUGUACAAUAUUAAAUUGAACCUUAUAAUGAGGAGACAGCUUCGCGACAAAGCUUUUACACUCAGUUCAGUUAAGUUUUUAUUUUUCUCAUUUCCAAUAAAAAAAUUAAAUUCAUACGUAUAUCAAUUUACACAAUAAGACAUGUAGAAUUAUCCAUCUAUACAUGAUAUCAUAUAUGUACAUGCUAUUUAUAACAAAAUGUGAUAAGUCUUUGUACAUAUUAUCAUGAAUUUAAUACUAUUUUAUUGGCUUCAUGAUUUGGCCAUACCGAUAUAAUUUCCAACAGGCAUGGAAUGAGAACAAUAAUGCUUCAAAUUUAGUGAAAUUUUCCCUUGAAAUCUAUACUCUUAUCCGCGGAUUUACUUUAAAAAGCACUUUAUUUAUUUGCAGUUCAUGACUGCCAUUUAUAAUUUAAAUGUAAUUUAGCUGAAUUGAGUUGACCCUUUUUUACACCCCAUGCAAAGGUGGAUAUUAACUUCAAAAUCGUAGUAAUGAACAUGUAGACAGUUGCAUAUGUAUUAAUCAUUAACACGAAUUGGACAGAAAUGUGUAGACCAUUCCAAUAAAAAGUUAACUUUAUACAUUCUA